AUGGUCUAUCGUGGGAAGCCCAGCAGAGCGUGCCUGGAAUGCCGAGUCAAAAGAAGAAAGUGUGACUUGUCUCGCCCAACGUGUCGACAAUGCGUCAGGGCCGGUUCUAGAUGUGAUGGAUACCGAGACCAGCACUCCCUCGAAUUCCAGGAUCAAACCGCGGAGACGUUAGACAGAAGUGGUUUUCUUUUUGACAAUUACUUGCCGGUUCGGUCAAUUUGCAGCAACCAGGCAGUCUCCGUAAGCCCUAAAUUACCUCAAAAGAAGGCUACGGCUUAUCAGUCCACUGAGCCACCUCAUGAUCCUUGGAUGAUGAUCACGCUUUCACCCGAACAACAGGGUCUGCAUUUCUUUUUCCACCAUUACCUUGUGAAUGGGGCUGGGCCAUCCUCCAGCCAUCCUGACUGUUUCUCCACGAUAUACGCGCGAGCGACAGGACACGGAUACUUGGCCAAUCUGGCCAUUGCUGUGGGAUCGGCUAGCCUAGCCUAUCUGCGGAAUACGUCCACGUUGAUUCAGGCAGCGAGUCAGUCGUAUUCUCGUGCUAUUCGCGAUAUCCGAAUUGGUCUAGCUGAUCCUGCUGAAGCAGCAUCUGACCAGAUGCUAGUCAGCGUGAUGCUUCUGGCCUUGUAUGAAACAGUCACUCUGGAUUUCGACAACGAUCUGAACCCAUGGGAUAGGCAUGUGGAUGGUGCCUUGGCACUAAUACAGCUCCGAGGAGUAAGCCAACUGCGGAAUAGGAUAGGCCGAUCUAUAUUUCUCAACCUGCGCACUGAACUUCUUAUCAACUGUCUGCAACGUCAGGCGCGGGUACCGUUAAUCUUAGUAAACUGGUUAAACGAGGCCCGUCAUUAUGAAACAGCGCAAGAAGCACCCGCUGCCAGAUUAGCCAACAUAAUAGUCAAAGCCUGCUCCAUUUUGGCCUUGGCCAAAGAGGAUAUUACGAACGAGGCCAAACUACCUCAACUUAUCUCCGAACUGUUGUCGGUCGAUCAUGACUUUGUGUACUGGUCUGAGAACCUUCCAUCAGAAUAUAGAUAUGAAACCGUGACCAGCCCAGACGAAUCUAUUUUAGCGUACACUGGACGAUACGAUAUAUAUCCUAGCGCUGAUAUCGCCCACACCUGGAAUCUGCUGCGCUGUGCGCGCAUUAUUCUUCACCAGAUCAUCGUUGAGGCUAUAUCAAUACUCUUGAAAGCACCAUCUGUUUCACCAUCCGAUUCCUUACACAUACCACACAGAGCCAUGCUCAGAACUUCUGACGCGGAAAUAUACGAAAACGCAAGCCAUAUAUGUUACAGCGUGCCAUAUAUCCUCCAAUCUUGCGGUAAGCCAGUCAAAGCAGGAAGUCUGAGAGCUGUUCAUGCUCUGCCCCUGCUAUGGCCACUUUACAUUGCAGGCACCGCAUAUACUGCAAGCGAUGCUCUCCGCGAAUGGGUCACCACGCGGAUGGAAAUGAUUAAAGAAGUCACCGGUAUGCAAAGAGCAAGGCUUGUGGUGUCUCAUUCAAACGCGCCUACGUGA